GGUAUUGAAUAUUGAAAUGUGUCCUAUUCUAUAUUAAUUUUUCAAAUCAUAUAUUUCACCAAAUUAUGAUUAAAAUGAGAAGACGCUGCAUAACUUGACCCAACCAUCACGGUCAUCCAACGCUUAUUUCCACACCGAAUCGCGUCACAGAUCAUCAUCUUCUUCUUCUUCUUGUUGCAGUGUUGAAGUCAAACCAAAUCUCGCAUCUCAUCAAUCCAUGAAACACAAACCCAACGCAUUUUGAACCACGCAAUGGGUGAGAACACUGACGUUACCGUCACCACCAAAGCCAAAACCAAAAUCCUUCUCUAUCUUCUAACAGAACCAAUCCAAUGGCUGCAAAUGCUGUCCUCAAAGCUAAACCCUUCCUUCGUCAUCGGCGUCUUCCUCAUCUACGGUUUAGGGCAAGGGCUCUCGGGCUCACUCUUCAAGGUAGUGGCAGACUACUACUGGAAAGACGUGCAGAAGCUUCAACCCUCCACCGUUCAACUCUUCGUAGGUGUUUACUUCAUCCCCUGGGUUCUCAAACCUCUCUGGGGAAUCCUCACCGACGCCUUCCCCGUUAGAGGAUACCGUCGCCGACCCUACUUCAUCAUCUCCGGUGUGAUCGGCACCGUCUCCGCCGCCACUGUCGCGCUCACCGGGAACCUCACCGCCACAGCCGCGCUCAUUUGCUUCCUCGGCGUGUCGGCGUCGCUCGCGAUCGCGGAUGUCACAAUCGAUGCGUGUAUUGCGAGGAACAGCAUCGAGGUGAGGGAGCUGGCGCCGGACUUGCAGAGCCUCUGCGGGUACUGCUCCGGCGCCGGCGCCCUCGUCGGAUACCUCGCGAGUGGGUUCUUCGUGCACCGCCUCGGACCCCAGGAGUCGCUUGGUCUCUUGGCGCUUUCUCCUGCUUUGACGAUUGUGCUGGGUUUUGUGAUUUAUGAAAACAGAACUUCGCAUAUUGAAAAGAAACAGGCAGUGAUGAAGAAUGUAGGAACGACUAUCAGAAGCAUGUUCAAGACAAUUAGGUAUCCUCAAGUGUGGAAGCCUUCUCUGUUCAUGUUCCUUUCCCUGGCUUUGAAUGUAACCACCCACGAAGGCCAUUUUUAUUGGUAUACAGAUCCAAAACUUGGCCCUGCAUUCUCUCAGGAGUUUGUAGGGGUGAUCUAUGCAAUCGGUGCAGUGGCAUCAUUGAUAGGGGUUUUAAUCUACCACAAGACUCUCAAAGACUACGCAUUCAGAGACCUGGUAUUCUAUGCACAACUCCUAUAUGGGAUAUCUGGUGUGCUGGAUCUGAUCUUCAUCCUCCGUUGGAACUUGAUCAUUGGAAUCCCUGACUACUUCUUUGUUGUCAUUGAAGAAAGUGCUUCAAAAAUUACAGGCAAAAUCAAAUGGAUGCCCAUGAUGGUGCUGAGCACCCAGUUGUGCCCUUUAGGCAUUGAGGGCACAUUUUUUGCUCUGCUAAUGUGCAUUGAUAGCAUGGGUGUCCUCUUAUCCAGGUGGGGUGGAGGGUUGCUGCUUCGUCUUCUCCACAUUACCAGAACUGACUUCACAAACCUUUGGUUGGCUGUUCUCAUAAGGGAUAUGCUCAGGUUUUCAAUACUUGCUUUGGUUUUUCUUGUCCCUAAAACAGGUCAAUAUGAGGAACUGCUUCCUUCUGAUGUUUCAGAAAAUAACACAGUUCAUGAUGUAGAUGAAGAGAAUUUGGAACUUCUCCCUUUCAAUGGAAAGACUGAACUUUAGAUCAAAUUUGUUGCGAUUAUGCACACAUGUUAACCUCUGCAAUUCCUAAAUGGCAGAUUUUUAGAUGCAUAUAUAUAAUAGGUUAAAUCCAUUGAGAGUCCCUA